CCAACAUCCUAUCAGCUUGAUUCUUUAAACUUGGCCAUGGUUGCUCAGAAACGCAGGUAUCUCCUCUUCGAAGUGCUUGGCUCGACUCGUGCCGCCUCGGAGGAUGAGCUGAUGAGAGCCUUUCGAGAGGCACUUGAGGCGGAUUGGGGGCAGCUGCUAGAGGCGCAGGCCAACCUCCGCAUGCUCUACUGGAGCCCAGUGGUACACUUGGGCAUUCUGCGCAUUCCAACUCGUGUGGCGCAGCAACUACGAGCCAGUCUGACACUGCUGUCAAAGCUGACCGGUGUGCCAGUGCAACUACGAGUUGCAAAUUGCCGCCCAAUUCCAAGCUUCCCUGUCUUGGAAAAUCAUCACAAGGUCUCUCAAAUGAUGGCGCACUUGCAGUGGUUUCCCGCCUCCUCAGUUUGCAGCCUGUCGAUCAUACCUGCUCAGCCUGAACAUGGGUGUCGUGAAGAUGAAAUUACAUUGGGAUAUGUAUCGUUUAUGAUCUUGGAUCAGCAGAUGUGGUCUGUUUCCGGUUUGUGUUUUCGGUCAAAACACUUGAGGUGCACUGCCUCAGUGGCGCACUGCCUGCCGCGCAACGCCAUGGUGAUCAGCUGCUGCGAGAGUGGCAACGGAGCGCCAUGCAACGGACCAGCACAGCUUCAGAUUGCGAGGCUGUGAAGCAGGGUUUUGCAACAGAAUUGAGACUGUUGGCGCAGGUGAAGCCUCCACCUUCGGCAUGGUAAAAAGAUGUGUUUCCCAGGGCAGUGGACGCCCUGAUCUGCAAAUUAAUUUUUUGUUCCUCAAUGGAAGUUGCCACAACAAAGGCCACACAGUUUCGGUGUCCUCUUUUUCACCCUCCAACACCUCAGAAGCGGUGCCUGUCUGAGCCUUGAGCGUGUGGACAUUAACGCUAUUCAAAGAUUAGUGUGUGCUGUGUGGAUCAAAAGUGACCCGAACACA